UCCGCAGAGAGAGCUCGCGACUUGUUCGACCCGCACCAAGUUGCCGAAAUAAAAAUGUGGAUUUUGUGGCCCCCGAAGAAGAGAGGUCCAGGGGGAGGCGGACGAUGGAUCCGUGAACAUGCGUCUAACUACGUUUUGAACAUCAGCUACCUGUUAUGUUAGGUGCGUAGUCUGUUUUACGUACAAUGUCUCAUUCGGGCCUGUGAGGUCGGUAUUCAAUAUCUGCACGUUAAAAAUCAUCAUCAUCAUCAUCCGAGAGGUUGAGUGCUUGACCAAAAGCGCCCACUGGAAAUGGCCAAGCCAGACCUCCAGGCUCUGAAGCUACUAACUGCUCUCAGGAGACUCUCGGCCUUGGUUUCUCCAUCUAUUUUUGGAAGAAAUCUCCUUCCAAGAUCUCUAACCAGGCGGUGCGCCCCCUUAAUUCUCCGCGGAGCGGGAAAGAAGAGCCCACCUGAUUCACAGGGCGGCCCCCUCCCCGAGUCCUGUGCGCACGCUCGGGUCGGCCAGCCGCUAGGAGCCGGGCAACGUGGGCACCGCUCUAGCCGGCACGGCGCAGUCACCCGCGUCUCGCUGGUGAUGACACAUGUCCGGGGCGGUGGAGAAGGAAAGAUGGCGGCGCCCAUGGAGGUGGCCGUGUGUACCGACUCGGCGGCCCAGCUGUGGAGUUGCGUCGUGUGGGAGCUGCACUCGGGCGCCAAUCUGCUCACAUACCGCGGCGGCCAGGCCGGGCCUCGCGGCCUGGCGCUGCUCAAUGGCGAGUACUUGCUGGCGGCGCAGCUGGGCAAGAACUACAUCAGCGCCUGGGAGCUACAGAGGAAGGACCAGCUUCAGCAGAAGAUCAUGUGCCCCGGACCGGUCACCUGUCUCACCACGUCGCCCAACGGCCUCUACGUUCUGGCAGGGAUCGCAGAGAGCAUAUACCUGUGGGAGGUUUCCACGGGGAACCUUCUGGUCAUCCUGAGCCGCCACUACCAGGACGUGUCGUGCCUGCAGUUCACGGGGGACAGCAGCCACUUCGUCUCGGGGGGCAAGGACUGCCUGGUGCUGGCUUGGAGCCUCUGCAGCGUGCUGCAGGCAGACCCCUCCCGGACCCCCGGACCCCGGCACGUGUGGUCUCGCCACACCCUCCCCAUCACAGACCUGCACUGCGGCUUUGGUGGGCCCCUGGCCCGGGUGGCCACCGCCUCGCUGGACCAGACAGUGAAGCUGUGGGAGAUCUCCUCCGGCGAGCUGCUGCUGUCUGUGCUCUUCGACGUGAGCAUCAUGGCCGUGACCAUGGACCUGGCUGAGCAUCACAUGUUCUGCGGUGGCAGUGACGGCUCCAUCUUCCAGGUCGACCUCUGCACCUGGCCCGGGCAGAGAGAGAAGAGCUUCCAGCCGGAGCAGGACCACGGGAAGGUGUUCAGAGGGCACAGGAACCAGGUGACCUGCCUGUCAGUGUCCACGGACGGCAGCGUGCUACUCUCGGGCUCCCACGACGAGACGGUGCGCCUCUGGGAUGUGCAGAGCCAGCAGUGCCUCAGGACGGUGGCUCUCAAAGGCCCCGUGACCAACGCCUGCAUCAUGCUGGCGCCCAUCAGCAUGCUGAGCUCCGACUUCAGGCCCAGCCUGCCCUUGCCCCACUUCAACAAGCACCUGCUGGGCACGGAGCAUGGGGAUGAGCCGCGCCACGGGGCCCUCACGCUGCGCCUGGGCCUCCACCAGCAGGGGUCAGAGCCCAGCUACCUGGAGCGGCUGGAACAGCUGCACCGGGUGAUGUGCAGCACGUUGGAGAAGAACGUGCUGGGUGGCCAGGACCAGCUGCGGAUCCGCGUGGCAGAGCUGGAGGACGAGGUGCGGAACCUGCGCAAGAUCAACCGCGACCUAUUCGACUUCUCCACGCGCAUCAUCACUCGGCCAGCCAAGGGCUGUGGUCCAGUGUUGACCUGCUGUCCUCCCGUGACCUGCCAUGUCGUGUUGGUGCUGUGCCGUGUCUAACAAAAGACCUGAAAUCCUGCCUCUCGGCCUCCUUGUGCCCACGCUGGGCUCAGGACCCCGGUGGCGGGACCUGCUUCAGGGACCUCACCGUAGCCAUCACAGGGUCCGAGUUUCAGAUCUAGCGUCGAGAAGCCUGGGUUCUCACCUCUUCACUCACCUGCCGCCCCAGUGCCUUUCCAUGACCCAGAGGCCAUGCCACCCGUGGGACGGGACAGGGACAUUCUGGGAGCUGCAGGACGAGGUCCCCAGGGGCAGGAGUGACUCCGGGACAACAGUGCAGUCACACUGGUCCCGUCCCCCCAACCUGGGUCAGGGCAGCUGGCUCUGGGGUGGCAGCCAAUUCUGGGCCAGGGUCAUCUUGACCAGAACCUUCUUGGUGUCAGGGGCCGGAGGGAGGCCAGGCCCCACCCCCACCCCCACUGCCAAGGGGAGACAGGGACACCACCAGCUGGCACCUGGAGCCCAGCCGAGAGGUGGGCCCUCAGGCUGCCCAUGGAACCUUCCAGAAAGCUGCCCCCAAAUGACAGUCUGCUUAAUGGUCCAGAAAAUCCACAAGACUUAGCAGGUGCUGUAAUGACCUCGGCCGGGGGCUAGCUCCUGGUUCAUGUCUUUAGCUAGUGGGCAUCCCCGCUGGGGCUCUGCACCCACCCUCAUGGCCCACCUUGCCCAGGAAGCUGCCAGGUGAGGAGUCCUGCUGGCUGAUAGGGUCCACAUUGUAGGUGCAGCCCCUGGGCCCCUGGUGGAUCCCAAGAAGUGAGGCGGGGUGGGGGAGUGGGUCGCAAGGCAGCUCAUCAGAGCAGAGCUGGAGGUCGGAGCUGCGCCCUCCUCCCCAGAGCACCCAGGGCUGUUUUCUUGUCUGCAGUCUGCACCCAGUCCGUUCUCACCCCCUUGGUUUCCAGAGGGUCUGGAAGAUUAGGAGAGGGCCUCAGAAUUUGGCUGAGAUUCCCCUGGGGCCAAGGGCCACCUCACCUGCCUGGGCCCUGCGUCCCCAGGCCCUGGCCCUGGUGAGGGUCCCUGGCAGCCCUGAUGCUGAGCCUGAGGCCUGCUGCCCUCUGCCUGGGACGCUGCCCCACGCCCCCAGCUGUCUGCACUCGCCCCGUGAUUCAGUGGCUUGGAAGGAGAGGCCAGGUUUUGAGGCCCCAGUGUUGCUGUUUGUCUUGUGGAGUCCCAGGCAAGAGCUGGCAGGUGGCCAGGAGACAGGCUGGGGAUCGGCCAAUGUCUGGCAGCCACCUCCCAGGUUCUGGGUUUUUCCCUGGGGAGCAGGGGUAUUGUUCUCAUUGCCCUGGACCCUCAGCUGCCGCCUUGGGUCCUGGGGUUCCUCCUGGCUCAUCUGCCACACCCAUGGCUGGGGUGAGGGUAGGCACCCCUGGGUGGGGUCCCCACCCCUGGGGCUGUCACUUUGAUGACUUGGCCCUGAAGGGGGGUGCCUGGCUGGGCCUGGGAAGAUCCUCCAGUUGACACGCAACCGUCUUUGCCCGCGCUGUCCCUGCCACCUGUCCUUGCGGGCCUGCAAGGUCUCCUGUCCCCUUUCCACGGGCCAUGCCGAGAGAGUUCACAGGAGGUCGGUUGGCGGGAGCUGGUUGCGGAGAAGGUCGCUGGUGGGCCGUGAAGGCUGGAGCCCGUUUACCUCUUUCCCUGAAAUCCCCACAUGGCCCUGGGCAAGCCACACCUGGCCCUGAGGCUCGGUGUCAUCUGUAAAAGGGAACACACACCUCCUCGGCCUGCGAGGAGCCUUCAGGAGCUGGUGUGCAGCUGAGCAGGUGUGUGACAGGUGCCAGGCACACGGCCAGCAAUGCCGCUGUUAUUGUCCUGUCUAAGAAUCUGUAGAAGCACAAUUUGACCCUGAAUCCUGGGCCAUCACUGCCAGAGGGGCAGGUGCAGGCGGCACCCAGCAUUCACAGAUGAGUCCUGCAUGUGCGCUGAGUUUAUGUGAACCGCAGUGACAUACCGCCUCUCACACACCAGGACAGCUGUUAUUUAAGAAACAAAACGUGUCAGGAGGCGAUGGAGAAAUCUGAGCCCUUCUGCACUGCUGGUGGGAAGGUGAAAUAGUACAGCCGCUGUGGCCAAUAGCCUUGAGGGUCAUCAAAAAGUUACAUGUGGAAUCAACAUAUGCUCCAGCAAUCCCCCUCCUGAGUGCAUCCUCCAAAGAAAUUAAAGCAAGAGACUCGAGAUGUUUGCACGCUCGUGUUCAUAGCAGUGUGAUUCACAACAGCCAAAAGGUGGAGACAACCCAAGUGGCCAUUGACAGGUGAUAAACAGAGUAUGGUCCAACCACACAAGGGAAUAUUAUUCAGCCUUAAAAAGGAAGGAGAUUCUGACACCUGCUACAACAGGGAUGAACCUUGAGGGCAUGAUGCUCAGUGAGAGAAGCCAGACACAGGACAGAUACUGUCUGAUUCCACUCACAGAGGGUCCCUGGGGGAAUCAGAUCCACAGAGACAGGAAGUAGAUGGUGGGGGCCAGGGGCUGGGGGAGGGGGUGGGGAGUCAGGGUUUCACAGGGACAGAGCUUCAGUUUGGGAAGAUGAGAAAGUUCUAGAGGUGAUGGUGGGAAGGCUGCAGAAUGUGAUUGUGCUUAAUGCCACCGAGCUGUGCACUUAAAAAUGAUUAAAACGGUGAACUUUACAUUAUGUAUAUUUUACCACAGUUAAGGAAAAAACCUUGCCUGUGUCCACUUGUUUGAUGUGCACGGUAGCUGGGAGGUCAGAGCUACUACCAUUGAGCUUGUAAAGAUGGGAGCUGAGGGACUUCCCUGGUGGUCCAGUGGUUGAGACUCCGCCUUCCAAUGCAGGGGCUGCCGGUUUGAUCCCUGGUCGGGGAGCUAAGGUCCCACGUGCCUCGGGGCCAAAAAACCAAAACAUAAAAUAGAAGCAAUAUUGUAACAAUUUAAUAAAGACUUUAAAAAUGGUCCACAUCAAAACAAAAAACUUGAAAAAAAAAAGCUGGGAGCUGAGGCGCAGAGGCCAGGGUGCCCAGCACAGGUCAUGCAAGUAGUGGGCCUUGGGGGAAGGUGAGGUGUAACAGCAGGGCCCGAGAUGGGGCGGCUUCAGGGGGUUACCCCGUGAGUCCCAGGGGGGCCCAAGGCGCUGUCGGGUGCUCGCGUACCUACCAGAACCAGCAGCCAGUAAUGUUUGUUGACUGACUGACUGACUGACUGACUGACUGCUGAGGGCCACAUUAGGGUGAGGAGGUAUCCCCUCCCCAGCAUGGGUCCGUUUCUGGGGACUCAUGCUGGCAUAGGGAACUUACCCCAGGGUGGGGUGAGGCCCAGGUGGUCCCUGAGGACACUUCUUAACCUGGCACCUCACCCAGAACAGUGGCGGGGGGUGGGUGCUCCCUGGUAUGACCCUCCCUGUCCUGGGAUGCCUGGCCAGGUGGCUGGAUGAGGUGGCCUUGUCACCUGGAAGCCAGCCACCCAGCUCUCAUUAGUCACCUCAAAAUUCUAUUCAUGCUGCUGGCCGGUACUUGCAUUUUUCUUCAUCUAAUGGAGUUUGUCCCCUGCGUCUCUAACACUGGCUCCAAAAGGAGAUGGUUUCUUGUGCGUGAAAAAAAUCAACUGAGUGUAGACGCGUUCCUUAGAGCUGGAAUGUUCAUGCGCAGCUGCUUCCCUGUGCCCUGCGGGGUCUGGGGAGAAGCCUGGCUUUCUCCACUCCCCAACCUGGGAUGGGAGAAUUCCACGCAGGGUGCUCCUGGGCCCUUACUUGACCGGUGGUUAUUGAGCGCCUCCCACAGGCCAGGGCCACAAGAAGGUCUCCAUGGCAUUUGUCUUGGGGAGGCCCAGAGAAUGUAGGAAGAGGCUGGGGGAUUGGUAGGUGGCGGGGAGCUGAGGAAGGUUCCGGGGCAGCGGAGAGUGAUGUAACCACGCGUCCUUGUCUGAGCAGUUGCUCAAAGCAACAAGCAAUUAUAGAGUGCCUGCUGUGUGCAAGCACUGGAGACAGCAGUUAACGAGCCAGACCCGCCCCUGUCUCCCAGAGCUGGCCACUGAAUAAAGCAAAUAAAGGGACAAAAAGACGA